AGGGCUCGCUUUUUCUAACACUGGUCGGACCCCGACAACGUUUACAUCUCCUUCCUCAUCGCAAUCCAUCAGUGUGAAAUUGAAAAAGAUCGAGAGAAAAAUGAGCGGAGCGGGUAAGAAAGUAGCAGAUGUGGCAUUCAAAGCGUCCAGGACUAUAGAUUGGGAAGGGAUGGCUAAGGUCCUUGUCACCGACGAGGCUCGAAGAGAGUUCUCUAACCUCCGUCGCGCUUUCGAUGAGGUCAACACUCAGCUCCAAACCAAGUUCAGUCAGGAGCCUGAACCAAUUGAUUGGGAUUUCUACAGAAAGGGUAUUGGCUCUGGCAUUGUUGACAUGUACAAGGAAGCUUAUGACAGCGUUGAGAUUCCCAAGUACGUGGACAAUGUUACCCCUGAAUACAAGCCUAAGUUUGAUGCUUUGUUGGUGGAACUGAAAGAAGCAGAACAGAAGUCUCUGAAGGAGUCUGAACGGCUUGAGAAAGAAAUUAUUGAUGUCCAAGAGAUAAGCGUAAGCAUUCCCCAAUGACAAGUUUUAUCUUACAAAAAGUUUUAUUUUAUGUGUAUUUUUUUUGUUUAACUCAAUAUUCUGAUGUAUGAUCAUCUGUCUUUACCUGUGUGUGUUGGUGUAAUCAGAAAAAGCUCAGCACGAUGACUGCAGAUGAGUACUUUGAGAAGCACCCAGAACUCAAAAAGAAGUUUGAUGACGAAAUCCGUAAUGACUACUGGGGAUACUGAUCAUCAUGUUUCUUGUAUUUUCCUCUCCUGCCUGAAAAAGAAGCUACCUUUCUCUACUCUUUCUCUUUUUUUUUUCUUCUUUUUCUGUGAUUUUCUUAAUAAGUACACUUCCCUGAUGAGAUCUUCAUUGGAGAUACAAUGAGACAAUAAUGAUCAACCUAUCUGAUUAUAGCAAUCAAUUUCAUAAAAUUGUUCUGAUGAAACAGCAUGCAUGAAAGAUACUCUGAUCGUACGAUCAGUAGUACAGUACUUCUUCAAGUAUGAAACGACUCAAAU